GUAUUUUCAGUUUAUAAGUUAUCUUCUCCUCCGUUUGGUUAUGAUAUUUUUGUAGUCACCCCAUAAUCUUUUGAAAUUGCAACUAGGCCCUUUCAUGGCGACUCUCACCGCCGUGUCUGCUUCAUGGCCAAACCCUAACCCUAGUCCUAAUUCGACCUUUCUCUCUCAGCAGAGCCAACCCGAGCAGUCUCCGGCGGUUCAGGAUCCCACUGCAAUGCGUCAGCAUCAGGGAACCGGCCUCUCCGGAGAUGGAGGCGAGGAUGAAUCAUUUUCUUCUUCUCCAAAUCAUCACACUGUUCAAAGCCCUAAUUCUAAUCUUCGUGAAGUUGUAUCUUAUUCGACAUCCUCUAUACCGUCUCUUCUCCAUAUUUCCUUCAAUCAGGACCACGGUUGCUUCGCCGCGGGCACGGAUAACGGCUUCCGGAUCUAUAAUUGCGACCCGUUCCGCGAGAUUUUCCGGCGAGACUUCGACCGCGGCGGAGGAAUCGGCGUCGUGGAGAUGCUAUUCCGGUGCAACAUCCUGGCCCUGGUUGGCGGCGGACCUGAGCCGCAGUAUCCGCUCAACAAAGUCAUGAUUUGGGAUGAUCACCAAAGCCGGUGCAUUGGAGAGCUGUCAUUCCGAUCGGAGGUCCGAGCAGUUAAGCUCCGGCGGGACCGUAUCAUAGUGGUCUUGGAACAGAAGAUUUUCUUGUACAACUUCGCGGACUUGAAGCUGUUACAUCAGAUUGAGACGAUUGCAAAUCCCAGGGGGCUUUGCGCGGUUUCGCAGCUCACUGCGUCGCUUGUGUUGGUGUGUCCAGGGUUGCAGAAGGGGCAGGUCAGGGUUGAGCAUUACGCUUCGAGGAGGACCAAGUUCUUCGCGGCCCAUGAUUCUAGACUUGCGUGUUUUGCGCUCACUACGGACGGCCAAUUGCUCGCCACCGCGAGCACCAAAGGAACUCUGGUUAGAAUUUUCAAUACUUCCGAUGGCACACGGCUGCAAGAGGUGCGGCGGGGAGCAGAUAGAGCUGAGGUUUACAGUAUGGCAUUCUCUUCAACUGCCCAGUGGCUAGCAGUAUCAAGUGACAAGGGCACUGUCCAUGUUUUUGGGCUUAAGGUUAACUCAGGAUCCUUAGGAAAUGACAAGUCCCAUGGUGCAUCUGAUGCCAAUCUUGCUGUUGCAUCAUCCGGCUUAUCUCUUUCUUUCAUCAAGGGAGUGCUGCCCAAGUAUUUCAGCUCUGAGUGGUCGGUUGCUCAGUUCCGCCUUCAUGAGGGUUCUCAGUAUAUUGUUGCAUUUGGUCAUCAGAAGAACACAGUGGUAAUUCUGGGAAUGGAUGGAAGCUUCUAUAGAUGUCAGUUCGAUCCUGUGACUGGGGGAGAGAUGACACAGCUGGAGUAUCACAACUUCCUUAAACCAGAAGAAGCUUUCUAAUGGAUGACAUCCUUCUCUCUCUGGGUCUUUGUGCCCUUUGUCCCCUUUUCCCCUUCUAGGUGUGGCCUAUGGGUACAUUGUGGUGUAAAUAUACGAGUAUAGAUAGGUCAAAGUUUAAGACUAAUUUACCAUUAACAAGGAAAAAUGAAAUUUAAUGAAAAAAAAGAAAAAAAAAAAGAAGAGAGAUUAGUACUCAUUUUUCAUA